UGACAAUGGCGAAGCCCUUCCUGAAUCGAUCCCAUCAGCCCCUGGGACAUUGCCUCACUUCAUAGAAGAGCCAGAUGAUGCUUAUAUUAUCAAGAGCAACCCUAUUGCACUGAGGUGCAAAGCAAGGCCCGCCAUGCAGAUAUUCUUUAAAUGCAACGGCGAGUGGGUCCACCAAAAUGAGCAUGUCUCUGAAGAGAGUCUGGAUGAAAGCUCAGGUUUGAAGGUCCGCGAGGUGUUCAUCAACGUUACCAGGCAACAAGUGGAGGACUUCCACGGGCCUGAGGACUAUUGGUGCCAGUGUGUGGCAUGGAGCCACCUGGGUACCUCCAAAAGCAGGAAGGCCUCUGUGCGCAUAGCCUAUUUACGGAAAAACUUUGAACAAGAUCCACAAGGAAGGGAGGUUCCCAUUGAAGGCAUGAUUGUGCUGCAUUGCCGCCCACCGGAGGGAGUCCCUGCAGCUGAGGUGGAAUGGCUGAAAAAUGAGGAGCCCAUUGACUCCGAACAAGAUGAGAACAUUGACACCCGGGCUGACCACAACCUGAUCAUCAGGCAGGCACGGCUCUCAGACUCGGGGAACUACACCUGCAUGGCAGCCAACAUCGUGGCCAAGAGGAGGAGCCUGUCUGCCACUGUGGUGGUCUAUGUGAAUGGAGGCUGGUCUUCCUGGACAGAGUGGUCAGCCUGCAAUGUUCGCUGUGGUAGAGGAUGGCAGAAACGUUCCCGGACCUGCACCAACCCAGCUCCUCUCAAUGGUGGAGCCUUUUGUGAGGGAAUGUCAGUGCAGAAAAUAACCUGCACUUCUCUUUGUCCUGUGGACGGGAGCUGGGAAGUGUGGAGUGAAUGGUCAGUCUGCAGUCCAGAGUGUGAGCAUUUGCGGAUCCGGGAAUGCACAGCACCACCUCCGAGAAAUGGGGGCAAAUUCUGUGAAGGUCUAAGCCAGGAAUCUGAAAACUGCACAGAUGGUCUCUGCAUCCUAGGCAUCGAGAAUGCCAGCGACAUUGCUUUGUACUCAGGCUUGGGCGCUGCUGUCGUGGCUGUUGCAGUCCUGGUCAUUGGUGUCACCCUUUAUAGAAGGAGCCAGAGUGACUAUGGCGUGGACGUCAUUGACUCUUCUGCAUUGACAGGUGGCUUCCAGACCUUCAACUUCAAAACAGUCCGUCAAGGUAACUCCUUGCUCCUGAAUUCCGCCAUGCAGCCAGAUCUGACAGUGAGCCGGACAUACAGCGGGCCCAUCUGUCUGCAGGACCCUCUGGACAAGGAACUCAUGACCGAGUCCUCACUCUUUAACCCUUUGUCGGACAUCAAAGUCAAAGUCCAGAGCUCUUUCAUGGUUUCCCUGGGAGUGUCUGAGAGAGCCGAGUACCAUGGCAAGAAUCAUUCUGGGACUUUCCCCCACGGAAACAACCGUGGCUUUAGUACAAUGCAUCCUAGAAACAAAACGCCUUACAUCCAAAAUCUGUCAUCACUGCCCACAAGGACAGAACUGAGGACAACUGGUAUCUUUGGCCAUUUAGGAGGGCGUCUAGUAAUGCCAAAUACAGGGGUGAGUUUACUCAUACCACAUGGCGCCAUCCCAGAGGAGAAUUCUUGGGAGAUUUAUAUGUCCAUCAACCAAGGUGAACCCAGUCUCCAGUCAGAUGGAUCUGAGGUACUCCUGAGUCCUGAAGUUACCUGUGGGCCUCCAGACAUGAUCGUCACUACUCCCUUUGCUCUGACCAUUCCACACUGUGCAGAUGUCAGUUCUGAGCACUGGAAUAUCCAUUUAAAGAAGAGGACACAGCAGGGCAAAUGGGAGGAAGUGAUGUCAGUGGAGGAUGAAUCCACGUCCUGUUACUGCCUUUUGGACCCCUUUGCAUGUCAUGUGCUCCUAGACAGCUUUGGGACAUAUGCCCUCACUGGAGAGCCAAUCACAGACUGUGCCGUAAAGCAACUCAAGGUGGCAGUUUUUGGCUGCAUGUCCUGUAACUCCCUGGAUUACAACUUAAGAGUUUACUGUGUGGACAAUACCCCUUGUGCAUUUCAGGAAGUGGUUUCAGAUGAAAGGCAUCAAGGUGGACAACUACUGGAAGAACCAAAGUUGCUGCAUUUCAAAGGGAAUACCUUUAGUCUUCAGAUCUCUGUCCUUGAUAUUCCCCCAUUCCUCUGGAGAAUUAAACCAUUCACUGCAUGCCAGGAAGUCCCUUUCUCCCGUGUGUGGUGCAGUAACCGACAGCCCCUGCACUGUGCCUUCUCCCUGGAGCGUUACACGCCCACCACCACCCAGCUGUCUUGCAAAAUCUGCAUACGGCAGCUCAAAGGCCAUGAACAGAUCCUCCAAGUGCAGACAUCAAUCCUAGAGAGUGAAAGAGAAACCAUCACUUUUUUUGCACAAGAGGACAGCACUUUCCCUGCACAAACUGGCCCCAAAGCCUUCAAAAUUCCCUACUCCAUCAGACAGCGGAUUUGUGCUACAUUUGAUACCCCCAAUGCCAAAGGCAAGGACUGGCAGAUGUUAGCGCAGAAAAACAGCAUCAACAGGAAUCUAUCUUAUUUUGCUACACAAAGUAGCCCAUCUGCUGUCAUUUUGAACCUGUGGGAAGCUCGUCAUCAGCACGAUGGUGACCUUGACUCCCUGGCCUGUGCCCUUGAAGAGAUUGGGAGGACACACACGAAACUCUCAAACAUUACGGAAUCCCAGCUUGAUGAAGCCGACUUCAACUACAGCAGGCAAAAUGGACUCUAG